AUGCAAUCGAAUGAAGAAUUCGUGAAAUUUCUAGGCGAAGGUUCUUACGGCUAUGUCCAUCUCGUCAAAUACACGAACCCCGACGGCUCCUCUUUUCACGCCGCCGUGAAAAAACUCUUACACCGACGACGACGACUUCGACAAUCUUCAGAGAGAGUUACGGAUCCUACUCCAACUCAGAGGAAAUCAGAGAAUCAUCGAAUGCUUUGGAGACAAACUGGAACAAGGUCUCAGCUCUUACGGGAACACAGUCCGCAAAUUGCUUCUCGAGUACGCACCUGA